AUUCAAUCAUGUCAUACUCUUCAAAACAAUUCCAACUCUUACCUUCCCCUCCUUCUUCACCUCCAGUGUCAUGCUCACCAACCUCCUCUUGCAUCCGACAGAUUGCGAUUGCACGUCUUGGAUCGCCCAUAAGGCCUAUCUACUUCUCGAUGAGGCCCAACAGCCAUGUGGGAUGAAGGUGUAACUCCUGGGACUCAUCCAUUCAUCGUGCUGUCCACAUCGAAUGGCUUGCCAUAUCAGGGAAUAUGGGCUAUGGUGAUACAAGGUUCAUUAGGACUCUGAUGGGAUUCAAUAAUGAACAGCAGAUUUCACUGCGACCCGACGAAUAUGCUCUAUCCUGGCGUUGGGAACAAGUUGGAUUAUUACUCGAAGAAACUGUCAUCACCCGAUAUGCACAGACUACGCAGCGCCUCCACGUCUAUCAGAAGACUUGAAGAAAGGAUUUUUAAAUUUUCUCGUGGACAUGCUGAGCUACUUACGGCUACGAGAGAUGAAGGUAAGUAUUGCCUUGAACAACACAAUCAAGAUGUGAUGUUAUUAAUUUUCUAACAUUUUUCUUCUCUUUCAUAGGAAAGCUAUAGCCUUUUGCAGAUAAAUACUCCCCUGAACUGGCACAUGAUUGAAAGCAUCUUGUUCACACAGCCUCUGCAGUUUUUCGAGGCUGUUCGUUAUAAACCACUCAGUAGAGGUCUACCGUUGCUACAUAUGAUACAGCAGAAUGCUAUUGCUAGGGUCUUGAAGAUAGCUAUUGUUUACAGAGAGAUUCGUGAGUCUAGUUUUCAGUCCGAUCAGGAAUCGAAAGAUGCCCUCAAAGUCCUUUGGCGCAACGGAUGGCUCCACGCACAAAUCCAAGACAUGAG